GAGGUGCUCUCUCUAAAAGGGAGUAGCGCCGAUCAAUGCAUUCGGGUCUGCUUGGUCGAUCGGAUCGACUUUCCACGUCUUUUAGGUCAGAAACUGUUGAAGUAACUCUGGUCGGCUUAUCUAUCCCUUAAAUUUUACCGCCAUCGAGACCGCCCACACAUGAAAAAACAAGCGACUUGGUGUUGGUUUUGCUUGUUAGCACCUCUUCUCUCCACUAUGCAAGGCGGUGGUAGCUUCUGGGCGUGGCACCGCAUCGCCGUCCUCAAAUCCAUAGUUCUUCUCGCUUCCCUCAUUGGCGCGGUACUUCCUGUAACGGCGUGGUCGGGCGUCGACGCGUACACCAUCGUUGUUCUGAAGUCCUUCGACACGGACGUGGUCCUCCAAGAGCAGUUCUACAACGCACCUAAUGCGACUCCCUUUUUGAUUUCUCGCGAUGGCUACCGCAUCCUCGACUCCCCCGUUGACUUCUCGAGAAGUCGAAGCGGAAAAGGCGUUGUGGCGGAGAGCAGUGGUGCAGAUUCGGUGAGUCCGGCGUACCUGCUCGAGCCGACGCUGACGACGGGUGUUGCCUACCGAGGCGUGAAGGCCGACAACGCCCCUCUCCCGUAUCAGGGUCGACUCUCCGGUGAGUGGGUCGUGUGGAGCAAAGAGGCGCCGGCGCACCGCACACCCGGCGCGGCCGCCACGGCGCCGCUACUGCUGCACUGCCGUUUGCCCCUCCCGCAGAACCGAACCGAGGUAGAGCGGCGACAACGUCGCUACAUCGCCCAACACAAGACGGCCCUUUCAAUGGCGCUGGAGCGGUGGUGGCACACCGCCCCCGCCGAGCACGCCUCUCGCUGCCUCUACGGCGAUGGCGAAAAAGCCCUCACCGGGGUAGAGCGCUACUACGAGUUGUGUCCCCGCGGGGUGGUGAGUCGCGUGCAGCACCGUCAGCUCCUGUCGCUGCUGCGCGGCGGCGAAACGGACGUGGAAGCGGCGGCGGCGGCGCCGAAGAAGCGCACGAAGGCGGCAUCGUCCAGCGUGUUGGACUUUUUGCACGAGAUGCACCAAAGCCUCUCGGCCCGCCACGCCAUUUUGCGCAGUCCGCGCUAUGACGGCGUCUUCGAGGAAAUCGGCCGCUUCCACCCCCGCUAUUCGAAGCCGCAGUGGAACAGCGAGUACCUCGUGUGGGAGAGCUGGUACCCCUCGACGCGGUCCUGCGCGACGCACUACACAACGAUCUCGUCCUUUGAAAAGCCUUCAGCGGUGGACGUCAACGCGUCCCCCGCUAGACGCAAAAUCCAUCCGCAGGACGCGUACUGGAAGACAGUGGUGCGCUUCCGCUGCCCCUCCCAUCCCCACGCACGUGAAAACAAGAAACUCACGACGUGGAUAGUGACAGAGGUGCGGCAGCUGUGCGAGUACCACGUGGAGCUCAUGAGUGAGCUGGUGUGUGGAUGGGAGCAGGAGCUCGACAGCUUCAACGUCAACCCUGUUCCGUGCGUCGUGCUUGACUAG